CGCUGGCGGCGAGAGCCGGCGGGGAGCGGCCUCCGGGCCCGGCCGUCGCACGGCUCCUAAGGCUUCUUCUAGAGGGGCAUAACUUUGUGUAGAGAACUUCAUCCUGCUGACUUCAGGUUCCCAGGACUCCUAGGAUGAGGCUGCUGUGAAGGACUGGUGGAUUCCUUGCCUGCACCACGGUGCCUGCAGACUGCCUGCCCCCCCCUUUCCUGCUGAAGCGCUGUCAUGAGGCUGCUGGGAAGAAUGACUGUUGGAUGCCUACUGCAGCCCCCUUUCCUGGGGAGGACUUGGCUCCCCGUGCUGCUUCUGGCAGCCUCUGCUCACUGCCACUGGCCCAGCGAGCCAGCAGAAGUGGUUCGGGACUGGGAAAACCAGCUGGAGGCCUCCAUGCACUCUGUGCUCUCGGACCUCCGGGAGACUGUGCCGGCUGUGGUGGGCAUACCGGACAGCUCUGCGGUGGUGGGGCGCUUCUUCAGAGUCUCCAUCCCCACGGACCUCAUUGCUUCCAAUGGAGAAGUCGUCCAGAUCUCCGAAGCUGGGAAGGACUCCUUGCCUUCUUGGUUACACUGGAACGUGGAGAGUAGCUCCCUGGAAGGGCUGCCCCUUGACACGGACAAGGGUGUCCACUACAUCUCGGUGAGCACGCUGCAGCCCUUCCCAAAUGGGAGCUAUGUGCCACAGGCUGCAAACGUCUUCUCUGUUGAGGUCCACCAGGAAGAUCACAACGAGCCCCAGUCCGUGCGAGUGGCCAUCCAGGACACAGGCGAUGCAGCACCGUUUGUGUGUGGCUCAGAAGAGCCGGUCACUAUCCUGACUGUUAUUUUGGAUGCUGACUUAACAAAAAUGACACCAAAGCAGAGGAUUGAACUCUUAAACAGAAUGAGAAGCUUCUCAGAGGUGGAACUUCAUAACAUGAAGUUGGUUCCUGUUGUAAAUAACAGACUCUUUGACAUGUCAGCCUUCAUGGCUGGACCGGGAAAUGCAAAGAAGGUGGUGGAAAAUGGAGCCUUGCUCUCAUGGAAACUGGGAUGUUCUCUGAGCCAAAACAGUGUCCCAAAUAUCAGCAAGGUGGAGGCUCCAGCUAAGGAAGGAACCAUGUCUGCCCGCCUUGGCUACCCUGUUGUUGGUUGGCACAUUGCUAACAAGAAACCUCACCUCCCAAAGAGGAUGCGGCGGCAGAUCAACGCCACCCCGACUCCUUUGACUGCCAUCGGGCCACCCACCACUGCGGCACAGGAACCACCGACCAGGAUUGUCCCUACCCCGACAUCACCUGCCAUCGCACCUCCCACAGAGACAACAGCACCCCCUGUCCGGGAACCCAUACCGCUGCCAAGGAAGCCAACAGUCACCAUCAGAACGAGGGGCCCCAUCGUCCAGACGCCCACACUGGGACCGAUCCAGCCAACCAAGGUAGCGGAAGGCACUGGCACAGUCUCUGUGCCCAUUCGCCCCACAAUGCCCGGGUACAUAGAGCCCACUGCAGUGAUUACACCACCCACAACUACUACCAAGAAGCCCAGAGUCUCCACACUGAAGCCAGCCACACCAUCCACAACAGAUUCUUCCACAGCGACAACACGAAGGCCUACUCGAAGACCUAAAACACCCCGUCCAACGAAGCCUCCCAGCACAACCAGAUCCCCCAUCUCCAAGCUGACCACAGCCUCCCCUCCAGGCCGUGUACGCACCACAGCUAGUGGGCUCCCUCGGCCCUGGGAGCCAAACGAGCCACCCAAGCUGACAAACCACAUUGAUAGAGUCGAUGCAUGGGAGGGCACCUACUUUGAGGUUAAAAUACCAUCAGAUACCUUCUAUGACAAGGAGGAUACAACCACGGACAAGCUGCAGCUGACUUUGAAGCUGAAGGAGCAGCAGAUGAUAGAGGAGAAUUCGUGGGUACAGUUCAACAGCACCAGCCAGCUCAUGUACGGCAUGCCGGACCACAGCCACAUCGGGAAGCACGAGUACUUCAUGUACGCCACUGACAAAGGUGGGCUCUUCGCCGUGGAUGCUUUUGAAAUCCACGUCCACAAACGCCCACAUGGGGACAAGUCUCCGGUGAAGUUCAAGGCCAGGCUGGAAGGGGACCAUGAUGCAGUGGUGAAUGACAUCAAUAAGAAGAUCAUGCUAGUGAAGAAGCUGGCUCUGGCCUUCGGUGACAGGAACAGCAGCACCAUCACAGUGCAGAACAUUGCCAGAGGCUCCAUUGUUGUGGAGUGGACAAACAACACACUGCCCCUGGAGCCCUGCCCCCGGGAGCAGAUCCGAACUUUGAGCAAAAAGAUUGCAGAUGACUCUGGUGGGCCUAGCCCAGCUUUCUCCAACGUCUUGCAGCCUGAGUUCAAGCCUCUGAAUGUGUCAGUGGUUGGCUCUGGCAGCUGCAGGCACAUCCAGUUUAUCCCUGUGACGAAAGAUGACAGGGUGAUCUCAGAGGCAACACCAACGGUGGCAGCAGGCAAAGAUCCCGAAAAGAGCAGUGAGGACGAUGUGUACCUGCACACUGUCAUCCCUGCUGUGGUGGUGGCCGCCAUCCUCCUUGUGGCUGGCAUCAUUGCCAUGAUCUGCUACCGCAAAAAGAGGAAAGGGAAGCUGACCAUCGAAGAUCAGGCCACCUUCAUCAAGAAAGGUGUACCCAUCAUCUUCGCCGAUGAGCUGGAUGACUCCAAGCCUCCACCAUCCUCCAGCAUGCCCCUCAUCCUCCAGGAGGAGAAAGCCCCACUGCCCCCACCAGAGUACCCCAACCAGAGCAUGCCAGAAACCACGCCACUCAAUCAGGACACCAUCGGGGAGUACACGCCACUGCGGGACGAGGACCCCAAUGCGCCACCCUACCAGCCUCCCCCUCCCUUCACUGCACCCAUGGAGGGGAAAGGUUCCCGCCCGAAGAACAUGACCCCAUACAGGUCCCCGCCACCCUACGUCCCUCCUUAACGAAGGGGAGGCUCUCGGGGGGAGAAGGGGCCUCCAGCUCCACGCCAGUGCUGUUUGUGGGCCGGCAGCUCCCUCGCCAGCCGGGAACCCCAAACCCCAGCCCGCUCCCCAGCAGGCCCUCCCCAGCUGCGCCUGCCGCACCGGAGCGCUCGCAGGACUCGGGGGGACACUUGUUUUAUUUUUGCCUAACAAGCUUUGGUUUUAUUUUAUUCAUAGAAAAAAAAAUCUCGGCUGAAACACGCCCUCCCAGCGGCUGGGCUCCUGGCCGGGGCCGGGGUGGCGGGCAGGGAGGGGGGACGGGACUGGGAUGGAACGGGACGGGGCGGGAGGAGCAGGCAGCACUGGGGUAGCACUCUGAGUCUCCGCUGUUUGCCUUUAACACUAACUGUACUGUUUUUUCUAUUCACGUGUGUCUAGCUACAGGACGUAACAUGAAAGGUAGCCUAAAAAUAAUUAAAUUCAAGGGACUUUCUGAAGUCGAUGUUUUAAGUUUUUACAUUUAAUCUGCUGUUUACCUAAACUGGGCUAUGUAGUUUUGGGGAGGAGAGGACAGUGCUGUGCUGCAGGCAAGCUCCAGGGGCAAUUCAGGGGACACCCUCAAGGACAGCCAGCCCUCCUCCUCAGGGGAAUCAGUUAAUUGGUUCGGGGUUUGAUUCUUUCUUUUUUUUCCUUAAUCAAAGAAAUCCUCUUUUUCUCAUACAUCAUACAGUAGUCAUUGGUUGAGUCAAGAUUGGCUUUGGGGUACUUAUGGCUAAGCAGGGGGCAGCUGCCCAUGCCUCAAGGUGCUGCAGCACUGUGCUGGGUGGGGGGGAGUUCAGCAGGCCCCACUCCACAUCAGCUCCUCCACUUUCCACACAGCACUGGGCAGGGGAGGGGCAACGUUUUUAGCAAGCCCCCUCCCCACGAAGUGUUUUGGCAAAGGGUGCUUGCUCUGUGGGACCUCUUUGUCUGGACUCUUCCAUGAGAGCGGUGCUGGAACGGCCUCAGGGCCACAUGCCUCUUCCCGGCUGCUCCACGCUGGGACGUUAUGGGGAAAGAUAAAAACUGAAAAAAAAAACAAAAAACAAAAAAUCAAAAAAGAAAGUGCCAGGACUAGCGAAUAGGUGGGGGAAAAAUCAGCGAACUCUCGAAUCUAAUUUUUUUACUAAAUUUUUGAUACAGCCUCCAGUUGUUUUAUUAAAAAAGACUUAAACACCGGUGUACCGCUACCAGCAGUUUGUACCAGCUUAGCUUCCCCGGGCCGCCGCCCGGCACCCACCGUCCUGCUCGGGCCGAGCCGCGGGGCCCCCCCGGCCGCCUCUUCCUUCACCUUGUUGCUGUUCUUUUUUCUCUCUCGACUCAUCCGAAGCAUGGAGUUAUUGGUGUUUGCCCCGAGCGGUCCUCGGCAAGGGGACGAGCCAGCCCUGUGCGCCGGGGAGGGUCCCAGCGCACACAAAGCCAUACCCACCCGUCCUCCGCGGGGCUGCGCGUCGCCGCGGCCCGGUGAGCGGCUGAGUGGGCAAGGCCCCGCCUGCCUCUGCUUGCGGGGCUCUUCCCUCGCCCUCUCCGGGCUGGCCGGGGGGAGGCGAGGGGCCCGGGCGGGAGCCGGUGGGUGCUCACUCCUCUGCCCCCUCACCUCACGCUCUGAUUUCGGCGUCGCGGGGGUGGUUUCCGCGUUGUGUAAACGUAUGGAGUCAAUAAACCGUGUGCUUUACUACA